CAGGGCAGCUCCGUGGCUGACGCCUUCAUCAAAGACCCAAGCUACACCCUCCGCGGCGUAACUCGCAAUCCCGCCUCCGAGGCAGCCAAAGCUUGGGCAGCCAAAGGGGUCGAGAUAGUUCAAGGAGACUUUGACGAUGUCAAGUCCCUUGAACGAGCCUUUCACGGUGCCAAUGUCAUCUUUGGGGUUACAGAUUUCUGGAACAUAUGGGGUGAUCCUCGUAGCAAGGAAUUGAAAAGGCCUGAGCAGGAGCUUGUUGAGUAUUGCUACGAGGUUGAGCUGAGGCAUGGGAAGAAUCUUGCUGAUGCCGCCGCCUCAACGGCUUCAACGCUGGAGAUGUAUGUAUAUAGCUCAAUGGCUGAUGCAACCAAGUCCAGUGGCGGCAAGUACAAGACGCUGUAUCACAUGGACUCAAAGGCUCGUGCCGCAGUAUACGCGCAGAGCCUUGAGGCGCUGGAUGGUAAGUUUUCGCAAGUUCAGGCUCCGGUGUAUUACCAGGUUGGAACGGAAUGGGGCUUGCCUAUCACGCCAAAGAAGCAAGCCGAUGGGACUUAUCGAAUGAUGGGACCUGGGCCAGGUCAUAAGCCCAUCCCCUUUGGUGACGUUCGCACAGAUCUUGGCCCCUGUGUCAAAGCUGUUGUUGAGCAAGCACCCCCCAACACAAACCUCUUUGCCGUCGGAGAGUAUCUCUCCUGGACAGAUUAUCUCCGCAUCGUCUGCGAGACAAAGGGUCUCGAGUAUGGAGGCUUUGAUGAGCUCUCGUACGAAGAGAUCACGGAGAUCUUGCCGGGUGGACUGGGGCAUGAGUUCGGUCUGAAUGUGCUCUUUGCGUUUGAGUUUGGCUACGAGGGCGCUGAGCCGGGGGUUGUUGGGCCGGGCAAGGUACGUGAUGCGUAUUCCCAGCUGAUAGCUCAAAGAAGAAGCUGGCACUGA